AUGGCUGUGACAGAGGAGGAGAUAAGAUGCGCGGCUUCGUCCAAAGAAAGCGAGAAGCCGAUGUCAAAGGACGUGGAUCGAUCCACUUCCGACGACGACGAUGAGGUUACGGCCGAAGGCAACGGUCCCAGCACCGCGCUGGACCUCACGGACGAUUGGAUCGAAGAUCACAUGAAGGACGUGACUGUGGCUGUCAUUGGCAACGUGGACAGCGGCAAGUCCACCCUGGUGGGGGUCCUCACCAAGGGCGGCCUUGACGAUGGCCGCGGCCAGGCCCGCGCCAAGGUCUUCAACUUCUCCCACGAGGCGGCCAACGGGCGCACCAGCAGCAUCGCCCAGGAGAUCAUGGGCUUCGCUCCGGGGGGCGACCAGGUCCUCAUCGAGCGCAUGGCGACCACCACGGCCAACUCGAGGAACACCACGUGGCAGCAGGUGGUGAGCCAGUCGGAACGCUUGGUGACCUUCAGUGACCUUUGCGGUCAUGAGAAGUACCUGAAGACCACCAUCUUUGGGCUGGUGGGGCAAUGUCCCGACUACACCAUGAUCAUCGUGAACGCCAACGCGGGGUUCCAGCGCAUGUCGCGGGAGCACCUGGGCAUCGCGCUGGCGCUGAGCAUCCCCUUCUUCAUCGUGGUGACCAAGAUCGACAUCGCCCCUCAGAAUGUCUACGAGGAGAACCUCGCUCAGCUGCACAAGAUCGUGAAGUCCAACGCCGUGAAGCGGCAGCCCUUGGUGGUCAAAGAGGAGGCUCAGAUGCAGGCCGCGGCGAGCGGCAUCUACAACAAGGAGGUUUGCCCAAUCUUCUGCGUGUCCAACGUCACUGGUGACGGUCUCCCGCUGCUGCGCUGCUUCCUGCGGUGUCUUCCCUCGCGGCUGCAGGAUAGCGGGCUCUUCAAGCCUCCUAGCUGCCCGGCGGAGUUCCACAUCGACUCCAUCUACGUGGUGCCGGGCGUCGGCCUCGUGGUGGGCGGCGUGGUCCGAGCCGGGCGCAUCCGCCCGGGGCAGCAGCUCCUGCUUGGCCCGGACAAAGUGAGCCAGUUCAAGCCGGUGCUGAUCAAGACCAUCCAGUACAAGCGCGUGAACGUGGAUUCCGCAGAGAGCGGCCAGCACUGCAGCUUUGCCCUGCGGUCUCUAGUGAAGAGGGAAACUCUGAAGAAGAGCAUGUUCAGAAAAGGCAUGGUCUUGCUAAGUCCUGAGACGCAGCCCAGAGCUAUUUGGUCCUUCAAGGCAGAGGCCAGGGCAAGUUCAUGA